UCUACCAGUUUCAAUUACAACCCUAAAGACUAUGCUGAUCUUCCCAUAAAAAGCUACACAGAGCAACUAUCGGUGCUACAUGGUUUAGGACUUAGAAAGUUCUUGUUGGCAGCGGUGGGUCCUCUUGGAUGCAUCCCAAACCAACUAGCCACUGGUGUUGCUCCUCCAGGAAAGUGUGUAUCAUUUGUUAAUGAUAUGGUUGAAAUUUUCAAUAUGCCACUCAAGUCUACGGUCGAUCAGCUAAACAAGGAACAUACGCAAAAUGGCACAGUGUUUGUUUAUGGAAACACUUACAAAGCUUUCUUUGAUUUACUCAACAACCUUACUUCAUAUGGUAAAUACAUCGAUAUUUGAGUUUUAUUAGUAUAAUAAUAUCCUAAACUUGGAGAGAUGUGAAGUAAGAUGAUUAUAUGGGGUGCAGGAUUUGAAGUUACAGAUAGAGGGUGUUGUGGAAUUGGAAGGAAUCAAGGUCUAAUAAAUUGCCUACCAUUGGCAGUCCCUUGCUUCAACAGAGACCAAUUACCAUCCAACCCAAGCCUUUAAUCUUAUCAUGGCUCAAAGGGCUUAUUCAGGUCCAUCAUCCGAUUGUUUUCCUAUUAAUUGUUUUCCAUUUAUUUAUUUUAAUUGGGAAGGGGAGAGGAGCAUUACACUUACAUUGGUGUGUUUCCAACACCAGUGUCUAUUUCUUGACCAUUUAAUUCUCUAUUUAUAUAUAAUAAAUAUUCAGGGAAAGGUUCAAAAGUGUGAAACCAAUGCAGAAUUGAUGGUUGUGCAGCUAUUAUUGUAACUUUGUUUUUAUAAAAUAAUAAGUUUAACCA